AUGUACCAUGCAUUGUCAAAAGUGCUUUCAUACAGAUCAAGAGAAUUAAAUAGACCAAAAGUAUUGCUUGUCGCACCUACUGGUGUUGAUGCGAUUAAUAUCAACGGCACUACUAUUCACACAGCUUUGGGAAUACCUGUGGGCUAUUUUGGAGCAAAUCUACCUCGUUUGAAUGACAAAAUGAGAUCUACCUUGCGUAAUAAGUUGGCUGACAUCAAAGUGCUUAUCAUUGAUGAAAUUUCCAUGGUAUCUAAUCUACAGUUAUUAUAUAUUCACAUGCGUUUAGUCGAGAUAUUUAGUUGCAGUGAAGAACUUCCAUUUGCAGGUGUUACCGUUAUAGCAUGUGGUGAUUUGUAUCAAUUACCUCCAGUGCAACAACGUUCUGUGUUUGCAGAUUUCAAAAAUGAUUGGCUUAAUUUUCCACAUCUGUGGAAGUAUUUCAAAUUGGCAGAACUCACUGAGGUAAUGCGGCAGAGAGGCGAUAGCCAGCUAAUUGACUUACUGAAUAAGGUAAGAUUGGCGAAUUUAGAUGAUUGUGAUAUAAAGUUGUUAAAAUCCAGAGUUAUUUCAUCAGCCGAUUCGGAAUAUCCUUAUGAUGCUCUGCACAUAUUUGCUGAAAACGGGCCAGCUAGGGCUCACAAUGAACUCAUGUUAGAUUCAGUUAGUGGCAACUGUUUUACUCUUCAAUCAAUUGAUCAGUUACCAAAAAAUAUCCCAAAAUCUACCAUUGAUAAAGCACUCAACCGUAAUCAAAGUGAAACAGGGGGUCUUACAAAGGUACUGAAAAUCAAGAUUAAUGCAAGGGUGAUGCUUACUGUGAAUAUAGACAUUGCAGAUAGACUAAUCAAUGGUCAGAUUGGAACUGUGAAACAUGUGACCACCGACUCAAACAAAAAUGUAUUAAAAAUAUACCUACACCUUGAUGACUCUAAUGCUGGUUUGACUGCCAUGUCAAAGGAUAAUUUUGGUCGAGCUAAUGCAUGGGUUCCAAUUGAACGUUCUUCUGCAGACAUUAGACUCAGAGUCACAAAAGCAACAUCUCCUAUAAUUCGUCGUACUCAAUUUCCGUUGAUGUUAUCUUGGGCUUGUACUGUUCACAAAGUUCAAGGUUUAACAUUAGACAAAGCUGUGAUCAAUUUCGACUUAUUAAGGCAGCGAUCAUUCAAUAAUGGGCAAAUGUAUGUGGCGCUGAGCAGAGUGACAUCCUUAGAUGGCAUGUUUUUGUCUGGUCAUUUCAAUACUUCAGCAAUAAAAUCUGAUAUGCGUGCAUCUGUUGAGUAUGAACGCCUUAGACAAGAAAGUGUUCUGCAACCUCUUGAACAUAUUUGUCCACCAAGUGACAACACAUUAUCUAUCACACUAUUAAAUACAAAAUCAUUACCUCGGCAUGCUACUGAUAUUGAUUCUGAUGUUGCACUGAUGAACUCUGAUGUUUUAUGUUUAACUAAAACACAAUUAUAUCCUAAUCAAGAUACUCAAAGUAUUGAAAACACUUUGUCCUCCUUCAAUGUUCACCAUAACUGCAACCCGGACAAAUUUCAAAGUAUUUCAUUGUGUUUUUGA